AUGCCUCCACGCGCGAAUACGAACGCGUCGGCUUCGACAUCGGCGAUGCCGUCCGAUGCAGUAGCACAGCAGAAGCAAGUCACCGCGGAACUUGGAGGGAUUGAGCAGUAUGAACUUCCGCGUGCAAUCGUAACAAAACUCGCGAAAGCCGCGGUACCUGAUGGCACAAAGAUGCAAAGGGACACCGUGACGGCGCUCAUGAAGGGCUCGACCGUAUUCAUCAACUAUCUCGCCGCCGUAGCACAAGAUGUCGCGCACCAGAAGCAGCAUAAGACCGUCAACGCGGCAGACGUGCUUCGCGCGCUUGAACUGAUCGACUUCGCCGACGUCGCCGGGCCAUUACAAGAGGAGCUCGUUGCCUAUCGCGAGAACCAGCGCAAGACCUCCAGCGCAGCUUCCGCGGCCAAACCAAAAGCGAGCAAAGCACGACCGUCUGCUCCAACAGAAGAGGAGAUGAGCAUAGAUGCCGAGAUGGCUGACGCUGCGGGUUUGGAUGACGAAGAGGAGGAAACGGGGGCGAGUGAGCGGGGGAGGAGCGUGUCGAGUGGGGCAUAG